GUCACCCGUAUUCAAGAUUUAUUAUCACCGAUAAUUUCGCGUAUUUCUAACCCAAUAUUAUCGUAAAUCAUCUUUGUAUUUAUCAUUUUAUUUUAUAAAUAAAAAAUACAUGUACACACUAUAAAAGCAGUCAUAGAUACAGUGCACAAGGGAUAGAAAGUCUUCAUAUAGUUCAAGAAAACUGUUCUUGUUUUCUCCAUCAGCCCUCAUUUCAUUUUCAUCAUUUUUCAACUACAAGGGUAAAGUUUGGAUCUUUUUGAGAUAUAGUAGCAUAGUUUUAUAGUUGAAGUUUGAUGGAAUUGGCUAAUCAAGACUUGGGUUUUGGAUAUAUUAGUCUUUCAAGGUCAUGGUCAUUUGGUAGGAAGAGGGUGUUUUUGUCUAGUAAUUUGGAGAAGGUGGAUUCCUGUUUUGUAACUCCCAAGAAAAAGAGUUGUGUUGAAGAUACCUCAUCUAUGAGUUCUGACAAAUCUGUCAUUGAAGCCUUGCCUCAGGAUAUACUGAUUAGAAUAUUAUGUGGGGUGGAGCAUGAUGAUUUGAAGAGGCUAUUUUAUGUAUCGAAAUCGAUUAGAGCAGCGACUGUGAUUGCAAAACAAUGGCAUUUUGCGUAUAGUACUCCCACAAAGAAAAUGAUUUUUAAGAAUCCUGUUGAGUUGGAGAAUUCGGAUGAUUCUUAUGAACUUGAAGCUCCAAAUGCCCCGAAGCAGUCAAGAACUGCUCGGUCUCGUUUAAACGGGAAGAAUCAAGGAUUAUUGUCCAGGAGAUUGUUUAUGGACUUGGAAACAGAGAUAUAGGCUCUGCAGAUUCAGAUAUAUGAUGGGUUAAGCUGUAAGUAACACGGUUUUGUAUAGGCGUUGUUGUAUCAUUAGGCAGGAAAAGAAUUUAGUUGGAUAAAGGUUCAAGUGAUCUGCCAUUUGGCUUGUACAUGACAAUGAUCUCUAAGGCCUGCCUUGAUUCUUCAACUAUUUCAUUGAAGAGGGGUUUGGCCUGUUUGUAAUUGUCGGUACAUGUAGUGAAAACAAUGUUACAUUAUUGGAAGCAUAAUUCAGGCCAAUCUAUUUUCUUUCGCGA